CACGCCAGUUGGAACCUUCCUCAUGUGGCGGCAAUAGUGCGGGUUCUUGGCUGCGUUGGGCCUCGGAAAUUAAAAAGAAAAGGAAAGAGCUUGCAGAAGGCAACAGUGGCAACGGAGGACAACCCUCUCCCAAGCGGAAAUAAUGGCUUCUACGCACAUAUUCGAGGACCAGGAGAACCGAGUCCCGGCGGCCCAGCGGAGAGGCAAGAGGGAGGACCCGAGGACGAGCAGCAGUGCACUACUUAAUAACAGACGGCCGGUGCUCGGUGCUAUCAACCCCAAUUUGCGGAAACAGCCAGCGAGAGCAGCCAAACAGGGUGUCAGUUAUGAAACGGGUAUUCCACAGCAAGCUGAUGAAAAUGCCUGCCCUACACAGAAAUCUUUCUCGACAAGUCAACCCUCUUUUACUAUUCAUGAAGAUACAUGCUUAUCCGUGGGAACCACCAGUAACAGCCAGAGUGCAUCUAGCAAUUCCACAGGACCUAACCCAUUAAAUCAAAGGUUAAGUAAACCAUUACAAAAUGAAGAGGAAUCUAUUGAGGAUAUUGACCCAUCUGUAACCGAAUUGCAGAGGUCUUUAUCCGUCGAACAAUCAGGAUCUUCAGAUGUAAUGGAGAUGAGUGUAUGUGAGGAUGACCUUAUGGUGGUAGAAACAACUCCCCGUGAAGAUGUGCUUCAUAGUAGAAAUGAUGACAUAUUUGAUGUCCCAGAGUAUGCAGCAGACAUUUACCAGUACCUGAGAGAAGCAGAGGUGUGCCACAAGCCCCGUGCAAACUACAUGUCAAAGCAGACAGAUAUCACAGCAAGUAUGAGGUGGAUCCUCGUCGACUGGCUUGUCGAAGUAGCAGAGGAAUACAGUCUACAUACAGAAACUUUAUAUUUGGCUGUCUCGUAUAUUGACCGGUUUUUAUCGCACAUGUCUGUUAAAAGGGAUAAACUUCAGCUGGUUGGCACCACAGCUAUGUUUAUUGCUGCGAAAUAUGAGGAGAUCUACCCUCCUGACGUAGGACAGUUUGCUUAUAUAACCGACAAUACCUACAGAGUUGGGCAGAUUUUGAGAAUGGAGCAUCUUAUUUUGAAAGUGUUAAGUUUUGACAUGGCAGUACCAACUACACAUUUGUUUGUUAAUAAGUUUGCCAGAUUGUGCAAAUGUUCAGAAGAAACCUUGCAUUUAGCCUUGUUCUUGGCAGAGGUUACUAUGUUAGAAUGUGAUCCUUUCCUGAGAUUCCUGCCAUCUGUGAUUGCAGCAUCAGCUGUUUCAUUAGCAAAUCAUACACAGGGUCAAACUGCCUGGCCAUCACACAUGGUAGAAUCCACAGGAUACAGUUUAGAACACCUGAGAGAAUGCUAUGUAAACCUACAUCGUGUUUUCUCCAGAGUUCAUGAACCUCAGCAACACGCUAUUAGAGAUAAAUAUAGAGGCACAAAGUAAGUUCUAAUUUAAAUAUUCA